GUGAGCCGUAGCCAGCGAACAGACGACCUGCUGAGUAAACAACAGCGGAUGCCUCGGAAGGCAGGAAUGGGAACUUCGUCGAGGGCUAAUAGAUUUAACCUCACAUGUUUGAAAAAGGACGGUGACACAUUUUGAAAAAAGGACUUAGACCCAGACCUGCCACCAUGAAGAGUGAGGUGCCAUCUGAGGCCCCCAGCAGACAGGAGCAUCUGAAGGAGCCACUGGUUAACCCAGAGCCAGUGGAGGCAGCCAAGAGCUUCCCUAACAACAUGGAGGUGAUUGGAAAGGCAGGCAGUGAAUUUGAAACCCUGUGUGAGUCCAGGCAUCGGUCGCUGAGGGACACGGGUACACACAGAGACUCAGAACGGAGCCUUCCUGGACGUAGAAAAAGAAAAGGCCAACAGGCAGGGCCAUCAGACUGCUCGCUGAAGGAGGACCAAAUCAGUGAGAGUUCACUGACCCCUCAGCGUCCAAGGGUAGAACUUUUACAGCACCCCAGUGAGGAUGAACAUAAUCACGAGUCCUCUUUUAGUGACUGUGCUUCCUCCCCUUCCUCUAGCCUGCGAUUUGGCGACUCGGACACUCUUAGCUCAGAGGAUGACGGGGAAGCUGGAGCAACAGGGGGCCAACACAAAGCUCCUGCCCUGACAACAGGAGGAGCCACUGGACAUGGCGUGCGCCCUGUUCUGGGUCGAACUCGGGGGAAUCGCUCACAUAAGUGGGUGCGGUCUGAGGCUGAGCCAGUGCUUCUGAAGCGGCCGUGUCUGAGCAGCCGACGGCCUCUGCAUAGGAAACGCUUUGUGAAAACAACUCCUGGAGGGGGUCAGCGGACUCAGAAGCAAAAGGAGCGACUAUUACUGCAGAGGAAGAAACGUGAAGUGAUUGCACGUAGGAAGUAUGCUCUACUCCAUAGCACCAGUAGUUCCAGCGAGGAGCUGAGUAGUGACUCGUCCUCCCCCUCUUCUACUGAAGCAGAAGAUGAGCUGUAUGUAGAUGUCAGCAGUACCAGCAGCCAGCCCAACAGUGCGACUGUAGCUACAGGUGCUCUAGAUGAGGAUGUGGUGGUGAUUGAGGCAACUCCAGCACCAGCCCCUGCUGUCCCUGCAAGCGAGGAGAUCAACGUCACCUCAACAGACAGUGAGGUGGAGAUCGUCACAGUUGGAGAUGGUUUCAGGUCACGCUCAGUGGGGGGUCUGGGCAGGAUUUGGGCUAAUAGUUGCUCCCAGAAUCGCCUCCAGGAGCCACGUGGACGUCACAGACUCUCAACUGUCAUCCAACCACUGCGUCAGAAUGCUGGGGAGGUGGUGGACCUCACUGUUGAUGAAGAUGAUCUCUCAGUUGUGCCAACAACCUCUAGCAGCAUUCACCCCCAAACAGUCAGGUCGUCCUCGUCGUCAUCUUCCCAUCAUGCCUCUACCUCAGAGCUCAAUGAUGCCCCAGGCCCUUCCACUAGCUGCCCAGGCUCAAUACCUGAAAGUAUGCACACACACAGGCCAAGUGGCUCUUCUCGUACGGCCACAGAGGAUGACAGCAGACCUGGUUUGUCAGGUACAGCAGGAGAAAACGCCGGCACAGCCAUGCCCAGACUCCCAUCCUGCUGUCAGCAGCACUCCCCAUGUGGAGGCCCCUCUCCUGGUCACCUGUCCCUGAGCCACUCUCAUUCAAGUUGCUUGCAGGCGUCAUCCUCUCAGCAGACGAGUGGCUCUCAGCACAGCCAUGGUCACAGCCACAGCCACGGCAAUGCUCACCACUUCCUCCACCAUGUCCAUCACCCAGCACCGCAGCCCCCGGGAUCCCUGCCCUUUCAAGAGCCUAGCUGCCCUGUUGAGCGUCCCAGCGCUCUGCCCGCACCCUGCGCUGGAGUCAGCAGCAACAGUAGUAGUAGCAGCAGCAACACAGCCCACUACCAUGACCAGCAAACUCUGCCGGUGGACCUGAGCAACAGCAGUGUUCGGAGUGGUGGAAACAGCGGGGCUAGUUUUCAUGGCAGCACCUCGGCCUUUGACCCGUGCUGCCCAGGCUCCACCUCACGGCCUCCUGCUUAUGUUUCCCAGGCCACCCCUGGGCCCAGCCAGCCAGCUGUGGUGGACUCAUUCAGCUCCUCCAUGGUGGCUCAGCCCCAGCCACAAACACAACCCCAGCCCUGCAGACAUUACAUUCACCCCUCUUAUGGUUCUCUAGCACGCUCACUGCAUCAUCAGCCCUCCUCCGCCUGUCCUCACUCCCAUGGGAACCCCCAACUUACACCUCAGCCUGCUCCACAAGGCGAUUAUGUCAUUCCCCACACUGUCACCUUUCAUCCCCCACUGCCAUCGCAUCCUUCAGGCCACGCCGUGCCCCCUGCCCCUCCCCCUCCUCUGACUACCCACCACCUCUCUAGUUCAAGUGCCCCACUGGCCCAGCACCUGCCUACAGACCACCAGACCCUGCCACACCACAUGCCGGCACUGGGAGCUUCUGUACAGAGGCUCCAUCAACACGAGAUGCUGCAGAGGAUGGAGGUCCAGAGGCGCAGGAUGAUGCAACACCCCACACGAGCACAUGAGCGUCCGCCUCCACACCCCCACAGAAUGCACCCCAACUAUGGCCAUGGACACCACAUCCAUGUGCCACAAACUAUGUCUUCCCACCCUCGCCAGCCUGAGCAGAGAACAGCAUGGGAGCUUGGCAUCGAGGCUGGAGUGACUGUGGCACCGUACCCUUCAGGGCACCUGCACUCCCACUUGCCCCACUACCACCCUCCCCCCAGACUGCACCACUUCCCCAUUCCCUUCAUGCACACUGGCAUAUCUGAAGUGACCUAUCCGCACAUUCGGUACAUCUCAUCUAGAAUGACUGGCUUUGGAAGAACCUAUGAGGACCUGCUGCAUUUAGAGGAAAGAUUGGGGACUGUGAACCGAGGAGCCUCUCAGGGAACCAUAGAGAGGUGCACUUACCCACACAAGUACAAAAAGAAGGUGUUGGAGAGAGACAUUGACCAACAGUUAACCCCUGAAGCUUGGGCAUCUAUUGGAAAAAAUAUGCACGCAACCCCAGAAUCGAGAAAGCUGCAUGGUAAGCAAGACGAAGACGAGGGGGCAGAUGAAGACACAGAAGAAAAAUGCACCAUCUGUCUGUCUAUACUGGAGGAGGGGGAGGACGUCAGACGCCUACCAUGUAUGCACCUCUUCCAUCAACUGUGUGUGGAUCAGUGGCUCCUCACCAAUAAGAAGUGCCCCAUCUGCAGAGUGGACAUUGAGGCGCAGUUGUCUGCUGAGAGUUGAUGCUGUUUUUCUAACAACCCUUUUGUUGAAAGUUUAUUUUGAGAUCAUAUUAAUUUUCUCUUCAGUACUGCAGUCAACCAAAGAUGGCAUGAAUUACCUGUGCAGCUCCACUACGAGAAAAUAAAAAAUAUCUGACAAAAAAGCAUUGAGCCUAGAGUGCCAGCUAUCACAUAUUACUACAACAGCUAGAAUUCUCCAUUAAGGGUUUAAGAUUUUAUUGUAUUUAUAAAGCUUUUAUGUAGCUUUUGAUUGUUUCCUCAAGUGUCAUUUUUGUUUUUGUUUCUCUGCAUGUUUCCUUGCAAUGCAUUUCUUUGCACAUAUAACGUGGGCCUAACACAGCCUAACAAUUUGCAGGUGAGGAUAGCUGCUCUAGUAAAGAUGCAUUUCUGUAAACCUAAUGCCUUGCUUUACUAGAAUAGAAUGUCAACCUCCGGUUUAAAAAAAAAAAAAAAAAACAUUGCAGGAUUCAUUUUACCAAUCAUUGUAUUGAUUAGUUUAUGUUUAGAAGAUGUGGAUUGUUAGUGAAAGAUGUUUUUUAAGUAAAUCAAGACAUUCCUAACUAGGGAAAUAUGUUAACAGAUCAGCUGCUGUAUUAGUGCACACCCAGUAUUUCUAGAGUGGAAAUAAACUCCAAUGUUCACCUCA